GGCCAACGUACGAUACUGACACUUCUUCCGAAGUACCUCAACACUCUCAACAUGAAGGUUGUCGCCUCCCUCGUCUUUGCCGUCUUGGUGAUCGCCCAACUCUACACCAUGAUCGAGGCUAAGCCCGAUCCCAGUAAGAUCGUCUAUCUUGCGCCUGGUGGCAAGUGAAUGCGUAAGCCUGUAACUUCGAACGGUAAUUGAUCUUGAACGUGGACUAUAAUUAAAAAUGUCAAUCUACUUGAGUCCAGUUGUCUCGAAAUAAGUGACGUUCACAUCCAGCCCCGAAGACCAACUGCGUAUAAAAUAAUCAUGUAACUCUUGGAAUCAAUAAAAUACUUUUUGCUCUCCAUAGCGUUUAAACCUAUGAAAAAAUGCAAAGUAAAAAUGACAACCGAAUCGAGAAGCGAACGAACGGCGAUAAAAUUGAAAAAAUAUCAUCGAUGUAAUCAAAGCACUAUUUAAAAGUCCAAUGAAAAUUCACGAAAUGCAUAAAACGUUCGAUCACAACAUUAAAAGUUCAUUUUUUUUUUUUUUUUUUUUCAUGCAUUUUGUUCAUCGAUGCUAAUUGUCAACUUCCUUGAUACAUGCUUUACAAAACGGUACAAAUACAGUGUCAACUAAUGCGAAGUUGGAUGUUCUUCAAAAACCCGAUAAGAAAAAGCAGUAAAAAGAAUCUCAAAAAGUCUUGAUCCUCACAAUCUUAAUAAAGUACAAUUUUCGUAAUCAGGACGAUAUCCAAUCGGUGCAACAACGACUCCGAAAAAUGCGUCUCAAAUCACUCGUUACUAUUAUCGUUAUGUUUGAUUUUUGGGUUGGCCGUUGCCCGGACCAUUGUUAUCCGAAUAACCAUAUCACAUCGUUUUUGUAUCAAAGCUCAAGUUUCGUAACGAUAUUGCUAAGCAUGAAAGCCUGCGUCGAGAUGAGAUGAUCCCGCAUCAUCCAGAUCGCGAUCUCUUUCACGGAGUGGAUCUUCGCCGUAACUGAAUACAGGGUUGCUCAUGGUGCUGGCGUGUCUAGGAGGGACGGUAUCGGCCGGUCUUUUGCCAGGCGGUGGAGGAGGUUACCAAUACAACAGGCCCGGAGGACCCGGAGGAUCAGGUACCAAUGGACUGUUUGGAGGCGGAGGCCAGAGGCCAUCAGGAUCCUACGGAGCUCCUGGUUUCCCCGGAGGAUUCGGGAGUCCAGGAACUGGAUUUGGCGGGGGGCCAAGCAUCACCGGAAGUGGUUUCGGCGGACAGCCGUCCGGAUUCCAGGGACCGUCGAACAUUGGUGGCGGGUACAAUUACAACAAUGACAACGGCAGGCCGAAGCCCUACAGCUUUCAAUACGAAGUGAGAGACCCGCCGACCGGAAAUGACUUCGGCCAACAGGAAAACAGCGACGGAAAUACGGUGCGUGGUGAGUACAGAGUCCUGCUACCUGACUCAAGGACCCAAAUAGUCAGGUACACAGCCGACGAUGCGAGCGGUUACAACGCAGACGUUCAGUACGAGGGUCAAGCUCAGUUUCCUCAGUUUGGAGUCGCCGGAUAUGCGGGAGGUCCCAAUUACCAGGGUGGAUUUGGCGCCGGUGGUGGCGGCCAUCGCGGAGGUGGUUUCGGGGGUGGAAACGGAAGCGGAUUCGGCAACGGCGGGACUCCGAACAACCAAUAUUUGCCACCGGGUGCUGAUUAUGGGAAAUAAUUACCGCUGCUUAUAUACCUCUUGAUAUCCUAGACCGAAAACAUAAUACGCCGUGAGACCCCAUCGCAACGUUAUUGCUAGCUAUAAUUACCCAAACUCUCUUCAUUUCUUUACAUCUCCUUAUUAUCUCUUUCCUCGAUAUUCUUACGUGCAUAAUCUUAUUUCAAUUUAAUUCGUACUCAAGUCUUGGCCAGUUCACUGUAUAAAUAUAUUUUCAUGCGUAAAACGCCAGUUUUAUAAAUAUAAUCUUAUACCCAUGUACCAUAACGUAUUCGUAACGUCGUUAAAUCGGUUUUAUUAUUUUAUUCUUCAUUUAAUACGUGACGCACGUAAAUUUGUGUCAUAUAAAUAAACGAGCAAAUAUUUUAUUACACAAGCAUUGUACAAUAUGUAAUAAAACGUGAAAUGAAAAUA